UAAACUCAUAGACAUGCAUACCUCAACAAUGGACCUCAAAUUCCUAAUCCCUUUGUUCCUCUCCUCCUUUCUCUUCAUAUCCACCGCCGCCAUAAAAUUUCCCUCCACCGUAAAAAUCCCCUCCGGCGCCGGCAUCACGUGGUGGUGCGACCAAACCCCCUACCCGGAGCCAUGCAAGCACUUCAUGUCCGAAAACAAAGGCCAAUUCCUCCCCAAGCACAGAUCCGACUUCCGCAAAAUGGCCGUGAAGCUCGCCCUGGAGCGCGCCAUCACGGCCGUGGGCAACACCAGGGCCCUCGGCAGCAAGUGCCGCAACAGCCGCGAGAAGGCCGCGUGGGCCGACUGCGUGAAGCUCUACGAAGAGACGAUCGAGCAGCUCAACAAGACGGUCGACCCCACCACCAAGUGCACCGACUUCGACACCCAGACCUGGCUCAGCACCGCCCUCACCAACCUCGAGACAUGCCGCACCGGCUUCACCGAGCUCGGCGCAACCGACUUUGUUCUGCCGCUAAUGUCCAACAACGUGUCGAAGCUCAUACGCAACACGCUGGCACUCGGGGAGAGCAAUGAGACCGGUCACGAGACGGGCGCUUACUACAAGGGCGGUUUCCCCGGGUGGGUGCGGCCCGGGGACAGGAGGCGGCUGCUGCAGGCUUCUACCGUCAGGCCGAACCUGGUGGUGGCGCAGGACGGGUCCGGGGACCACCGCACGAUUAAGGCCGCGCUGGACGUGGCGGCGAGGAGGAGCGGGAGUGGGAGGUUUGUCAUCCAUGUGAGGAGAGGGGUUUAUAGGGAGAAUUUGGAGAUUGGUAGCAAGUUGAAGAAUAUAAUGUUGACCGGCGAUGGCCUGAGGUACACUGUUAUCACCGGCACCCGAAGCGUCGGAGGAGGCUCCACCACCUUCAAUUCCGCCACCGUUGCGGUGAGCGGAGAGGGAUUCAUCGCCCGGGGCAUAACCUUCCGCAACACGGCGGGCCCACAGAACCACCAGGCCGUGGCAAUGCGGUCGAGCGCCGACCUCUCAGUCUUCUACCGGUGCGGCUUCGAGGGGUACCAAGACACCCUGUACGUCCACUCACAGCGCCAGUUCUACAAGGAGUGCUACAUCUACGGCACAGUCGACUUCAUCUUCGGCAACGCGGCCGCCGUCCUCCAGAACUGCAUGAUCUACGCCCGCCGCCCCAUGGCCAGCCAAAAAAUCGCCGUGACCGCCCAGGGCCGGACCGACCCCAACCAGAACACCGGGAUCUCCAUCCACGACUCCCGGGUCAUGGCGGCCCCGGACCUAGUACCCGUCCUCGGGUCGUUCCAGACGUUCCUGGGGCGGCCGUGGAAGGAGUACUCGAGGACGAUUUUCAUGCAGACCUACCUGGGCUCCUUGGUGGACCCCGCCGGCUGGCUCGAAUGGGACGGCAACUUCGCUCUCAACACAUUGUACUACGGAGAGUAUAGGAAUUCGGGUCCGGGUUCCCCCACGGGUCGGAGGGUCCGGUGGAGAGGAUACCGGGUCAUCACCAGCGCGACCGAGGCAGGGAGGUUUACCGUGGCGAAUUUCAUCGCUGGCCGCUCUUGGCUGCCGGCGACUGGCGUGCCCUUCACCGCCGGGCUUUGAGAAUUUAUAUUACUAAUAAUUUACAUUUGUGCUUAAGCAGCACUACUCUUUCAUUGAUUCUUUUUUGUUCAUUUUGUUUUUUUUUUUUUUUUGUUUUGCCAUGGGUGUUGAAAUUGUAAAAUUUGUUCGGCGUGAUGUACUGUAUUAAAUUAAUUUGGUAAUGGAUGAGAUAAUUUGUUAUUCA